ACCCCACAGCCACCUCCAGCCAUGUCGCUGCCCCUGGCGGCCCACGCCGAGCGCCCACUCUGCUGAGUAGCACGGGAGCCGUGAGUGCGGAAAGCCUCCGUCCACCUCCUCCAAGAUGAAGGCGGGUCUCUGGGCCCUGGGCGUGCUGUUCUUUCUGCUCCUGGGCGCCAGGCCUGGCAGAGGCGGCCAGCUUAAGGCCAAAAAGACAACUCCGCGGCGAUACCCGCGGGCCCUCGACGGCAAGGAGGAAGGCAAGAAGUGCUCCUACACCUUCCUGGUCCCCGAGCAGAAGAUCACGGGGCCCAUCUGCGUCAACACCAAAGGGCAGGGCGCGGGCGCCCUCAAGGAGAUGAUCACCCGCAUGGACCUGGAGAACCUCAAGGAUGUGCUGUCCCGGCAGAAGCGGGAGAUCGACGUCCUGCAGCUGGUGGUGGACGUGGACGGCAACAUCGUCAACGAGGUGAAGCUGCUGCGCAAGGAGAGCCGCAACAUGAACUCGCGCGUGACGCAGCUCUACAUGCAGCUGCUCCACGAGAUCAUCCGCAAGCGCGACAACUCCCUGGAGCUGUCCCAGCUGGAGAACAGGAUCCUCAACGCCACCACCGAGAUGCUGCGGAUGGCCGCCAGGUACCGCGAGCUGGAGGCCAAGUACGCGUCGCUCACCGACCUCGUCAACAACCAGUCGCUGACCAUCAGCCUGCUGGAGGAGCAGUGCCUGCGCGUCUUCGCCCGGCGGGACCCCCACGCCGCGCCGCCGCUCGUGCAGGUGGUGCCGCGGCACAGCGCCAACGGCCACCAGUACACCCCCGGCCUGCUGGGUGGCAACGAGAUACAGAGGGACCCGGGCGACCCCCGAGACCUCGUGCCGCCUCCGGACGUGGCCACGGCACCCACCAAGAGCCCGUUCAAGAUCCCCCCGGUAACGUUCAUCAACGAAGGACCAUUCAAAGACUGUCAGCACGCGAAAGACGCUGGGCAUUCGGUCAGCGGGAUUUACAUGAUUAAGCCUGAAAACAGCAACGGGCCCACACAGUUGUGGUGUGAGAACAAUCUGGAUCCCGGGGGAUGGACUGUCAUUCAGAAAAGAAUGGAUGGUUCUGUCAACUUCUUCAGAAACUGGGAGAAUUAUAAGAAAGGGUUCGGAAACAUUGAUGGAGAAUACUGGCUGGGCUUGGAAAAUAUCUACAGGCUCAGCACUCAAGACAAUUAUAAGCUGCUGAUUGAACUGGAAGACUGGAGUGAUAAAAAAGUCUAUGCAGAAUACAGCAGUUUUCGCCUGGAACCCGAAAGUGAAUUCUAUCGACUUCGCCUGGGAACGUACCAGGGAAAUGCAGGGGAUUCCCUGAUGUGGCACAAUGGCAAACAGUUCACCACACUGGACCGAGACAAAGACAUGUAUACAGGGAACUGCGCCCACUUCCACAAAGGCGGCUGGUGGUACAAUGCGUGCGCACACUCGAAUCUCAACGGCGUCUGGUACAGAGGGGGCCACUACAGAAGCAAGCACCAGGACGGAAUCUUCUGGGCUGAGUACAGAGGCGGCUCCUACUCCCUCAAGGCGGUCCAGAUGAUGAUCAAGCCCAUCGACUGAGGAACCAUCCCAAAAGAAGGGCCAGAGGCAGAGGCAGAGGCAGAGACAGAGACAGAGACAGAGACACAGAGAGAGAGAGACCUGCAUCUUCACAGUCCUAGAAAAGUACAUGCUACCAUAGAUUCUUCUGUGCAAUUAAUUUCUACAGAUAGUUUUUAAAGUGAAUUUUAUCACACCCGUGAAAGGGAACACGAGUAUAGCUUCAUUUCCCCUCAGCAUAUUCUGGAAGAUUAUUUGCAUUCACAAAUCAAGUAUGUUUUAAAUUACAGUAACUAAAUACAGACGAGGUUGUUUCCUCAAGUGUAAAUAUUUGCCAAGAAGUAAGACAAAUCUUAGCUUUAUUUUGUAUCAAAAUUGAAGGCAUGUUUAAGAUCCUUAAAAAUGUACUUAAGAGCUUUCUUCUUGCAAUGGAAAAUUAGAAGAUUUCAGACAAUGCCUUUUAUUUAAAAAAUGACAGGAAAUUAGGGGAAACUCUCAUUUUGCCGG